AUGACAAACAAAGGAACAGUGAAGACUGAAAUCCACUUCCCAGAAAUAACAGACAAGAAAUUCAUCGACGAGUGUGUGAACCUACACAACAAACAUCGAUCUUCUGUGAAUCCACAAGCAAGCAACAUGCGUCACAUGACAUGGGAUGAGGCACUUGCGGUAACAGCCAGAGCAUGGGCAAGGAAGUGUGUCUUUGAACACAACAUCUAUCUGGGAGAGACAAAGAGGGUUCAUCCCAUCUACACCUCCGUGGGGGAAAACAUCUGGGCGGGAGCCCCACCUGCACAUUUCAGUGUAGAGACUGCCAUAAAUUCCUGGAUGAAAGAGGUCAAGUACUACACCUAUGAUAGCCAUAGCUGCACACGUGUUUGUGGCCACUACACUCAGGUUGUUUGGGCUGACAGUUACAAGGUUGGCUGCGCAGUCCAAGUCUGUCCUGAUGGAGUGUCAAAAACAACGUUCUCCUCUAAAAAAGGCGUUAUAUUUGUUUGUGACUACGCAACAGGGGGAAACUAUAAUGGAGUGAAACCAUACAAGACAGGGAAAUCUUGCAGUGCUUGCAUGGAUGAUACAUGUCAAGACAAACUUUGCUACAAUCCUGAACGUGACAGACUGAAAAGAUACAACUGGAGACCGGACUGGGACCCAGAUUUGGCUUCCUGUGACUCCUUUUGUAAGGCUGUGCUGGCCAUCAGACCCAUCACCCUUGCCUUGACAUUCAUCUCAGUGUACUGCCUGCAGAUCCACUACCCUGAUCUGUUUGCCUAUGAGUAG